GCGCAGCGUGUUAAUUCGGCGUGCGUGGCCAGCUGGAGCUUAACGGUGACCGAGAAGCUAGAGAAGAAUCGUCUGCAUGCUAAAAAUCUAUUAAAGUUUUGAACUUCAGAGUUUAGUUGCUUCUAGAAGUCUACAUGGUAUUUGCUGAGUGAAAUCAACAUUUACAACUGAAACAUUCAAAAAACGCAGGAAGUACAAUAAUUGAAGAGUCGCUGAAAAUUCAAAAUGCAUCCCAGUUUUAAGAAAAAGCCUGUUGUGCAACUCGUCUGUCGGUUCUGCAACUCUUGUAUCUGCAAACGUGGAAUGAAAGCCGUUCUCCUUGCCGACACGAACAUGGAACUUUAUUCAACUGAUGCCCCAUGCGUUGGAAAAAUCAGUAAUGUGGGCAGGCCUUACUCAACAGGGAAAUGUGAAUGUAGAAUAUCUGAUACAGCAUGUAAUCACUGUGGGAACAAUGUUGGAUACACCAUACUUAUUCCAUGUGUGCCAUGUCUUCAGUCUUGUAACAAUGGUCAUUUGUGGAUCUUUAACAGUACUGUAGUAUGGGCAGAGGGAAAGCUAGAUAAAUCAGGAAGUGAUGUGUUGAGGUGGGACAGUUUGCCAGAAUGUCCAGAUGAUGACAACAGCCAAGAUUCUUUCCUUGAAGAUAUGGAUGAUAUUGAGUGUAUCCGGUGAUCUGUAGUCCAAGGUUAUGAAAAUUAAAUCAGCAGCUGCAUAAUGAUUGAUCGAAAUUGAAAGAAACUUCUCUUGAUCACUCUUAUUCCAAAUUCCAGUUUAAUUGAACAUUAGGAUAAACAUGAUUUACCCAAAAGAUUGGCCCUGGAUUGAGCCAAAUGAUUAAACUUAAGUAUAAUAAACAGAUUUAUCCUGGGUUUGGAUAGUAAAUCAUAAUCUCUAUGUUAACCAGUUACCAGUAAACUUUUGGGUACAUGCUUGUUGACACAUACACAAAAAAGCUUUUAAACAAUAGUACAAAUAUAUCAACAUGACUUUUAAGGAUUUGGGACUUUGUGUCAUAUUGGCAUCACAUUGAAACCAUAAUGACCAAACUGGAAUUGGAAUGUGAGCAUAUAUGUGUGCAUAUUGAUGGCAGGUAAAGCAUCUCUAAUCUACCCAGACACCCACUUGUAGGCAAAUAGUAGAGUGUAUGAUGCCAUGAUGACAUGAGUUCUGACACUAUAACGUGAAUGAAAGCACAUCUUCUAAUUCAGAGUUUAAUGCAUUGCAAAAUGUUCAGUCAAUGGCAAUGCCCAUUAACACAUACACACAUUUAGCAUGAAAGCUUUUAAGUGAUGUAGGAAGUUAUACACCUUCAUUUGUUUCUUUUUACAUGUUGGUUUCAGUAUUUAAAAGUUGCUUUUCACUUUAAGUAUAUAGUAUUAUGACCCAUUUACAUUUGGUCUACGAUUAUUGUAGGGUGGUUGUACUAUGCAUAUUGCACAAUCUCCUUAGGGUGGGGUAUACUAUGAUUGUGGGACUUUCUUAUUGAGUUACGAUUUUCAGAAUUUUUUUUAGCUGAAAUUCAAUAAAUUUUCAAAAUCAUAGGUUUGUACAUGUAGCCCAGAAAAACAUUGUAGGGGAUCAAAUGAAGGAGCAUCUUAUAGUGUGUAUUGAAAGAUCAGCGCAAGGGCAUAGUAUUCCAGUUUUGUACAGACAUUUUACAAGCAGCGCAGUGUUUGUCUUUGGCCCUAUACAAUGUCCAGCUUAUGAAAUCACAUGCUAAAAGUAAAUAAUGUAAACAUGAAUACUAUAAGCCUUAGCCAACUACAAUGCAAAAAAUAUUGUAGACUAUUCUAUUAUAUGAUGGUCAUACAUGCACAUGUAGUAAUUAUGUAAAUAAGUCAAUAUAUUCAGAUGGAGAUUCAAGCUGUUAAGGUCGUAUCAAUAAAUACAUUUAACAAUUUAUGAUGAAGUUAGUUUUGUACAUGCCAGCAGAGAAAUAGUAACAAGAUUUACAUAGAAAGUCCCCUUGAAAUCAAUUUAAAAGCAAUGUGUGAAUUUAUUUUUGUAAAAUGUGAAAUUUUAGCAUAUAUGUAGCCUUCCUAUCUUUGAACAGCAAUAUAAGGAAACUAUCAAUGUUGUGAUUUAUUUUCAACUUUUACAUAAAUUUAUACUGGUCAUGGUGUAAAGUGAAGUUGGCUAAGUCUAGUACAGUAAUUGUAUUAAACUUCUUUUCUCAACCUCUGUUCUGCAAUUUAAUCGAAUAUUAACUUGUUCAAAAGUUUUCCUUGAUUUUUCCAAGAUACCAUAUUACUUGUAUGAUUGAGAUAAAGUUUUAACUAGGUUGUAUGUGUUAAUGCAUUAUUAAUUUUAUGAUUUUUUUUAAGGCCACUUCAUUGCAAAAUGAAUAUGGGCUGGGUGAUGUAGGAGCUGUGAGAUCCUUCACAAUGGAUUUAAGAGCUUUUAUUACUAUUGUAAUAUUGUAGGAAUAAAGACCUUAUCAGAAGCAAAAAUUUAGAGUGAUAACUGAUAGUGUGCACCAAAGGAAAGCUGAUAUUACAACUGUACCAGUUUCAUGCAAGCACAGACACAUCACCCCGAUAUUUAAAACUCUUCACUGGUAGCACCUGAAGGAAUGCAGUCUUUAAAAUCCUUAUGAUCUCUCACAAUGGAACUCCCCCACUUACAACAAGUCUUUGAUACAUAGCUUCCAACCCCCAAGAACCUUACGAUCCUCAUCUAAUCUUUUACAAAUUCCAGCUUCUAAGAAUUCAUGGGAGGGGGGGGCCUUUGCUCCGGCAGGCCAGACCUGUGGAAUUCUCUUCCAAAGAGUUUAAAAACCCAGUCUUCAGUGACCACCUUCAAGGGCAACCUGAAAACAUCCCUGUAUAAGAGUGAUUUUUGACAGACAUUGACUUAUUGUUCAAACAUGUAUUAUAUGUAAUUUUUUUUGUUCUGCUCUGAAGCACCUUGAGCAUCUAAUGAAGAUGGAAAGUGCGCUAUACAAGUCUUAUGAAUUCAGAUAGUUGAUUUUGCAAAAUAAAAUAAAAGGCUUCAUUGAACGACUCACCGUCCAGGGUUUUAUACCAUAUAGCCUUGUCAUAAUUGUGAAGAGACUUGAUUAGUAUGCAAUUGUUUGUAGAUAUAUUGACCAUUUUCUUGAUUUCUAUGUUACAAAUUCCCAAAAUUGUAACAUUAUUUGCAAAGAAAAUAUAAGUGGAAGUAUUUAGUGCUUAAAUGGAUGAGACUCAAAACUUAAGACCGUAGUUUCAUGAUUUGACUUUUCUCUUAUUCUGCCAUGGCUGCUAUGUCGGGCAAAUCUGUCAAACUAAUGUGCAAAAUGGCAGCUAAUUCAAUUAGUCAAGGAGAAUUAAGCAAUUGACCUGAAAAUGUUAUUUCUGUAGGACUUGUUUUCAAAAUUGCAAAUUCACAAUUUUGGUAACUAAUUAAAUAAUCACUGAAUAUAUCAAAACUAUUUUAUGUAUAGUGGGGUCAUAGAAUUGCUUUUUGAGAAGUGCAAUAAAGUCUUUUUUAGGCUUGCAAAUUUGGGUUUUUAGUAAUGAAACUGAAAAAGUAUGCCACUUUACAAUGUUAUAUUCUGAUACUUCAUAGCUUUCCUUAAUCUUGGCUUCUGAUAUGGUCUUGAGAGUAAACUGUUUUUCUGAUGAUAUAUUUUCAUCUGUUCAUGAAUUGUUUCAUGCCCCAUUGACAUUUGUUUUUUUACUGCUAAAAAUUUGGGCUACUCGGUAAAGUAAAGACUAACACAAGUCUAGUGGUACUUUAGAUAUUUCUGUGAGAAGUUCACUUCUCUUUUAUUACAAAAUGCAUUGUGUAGAAAAGAUUAUUUUUACAAUCUUUAACUUAAUUAUAUUUAUAUAGCAUUUGUACAUGUGUAAAUAUUCUCAUAACAGUCUAAAUUGAAUACUUGUGAAAGGCCUAACAGCUCAUAUAAUAAAUUCAUAAAUAAUCUAUAAAUAAAGCAUGUGACAUUUUGUGAUUGAUAUUUUUGUGGUUGCAUUAAAAUUUAAAUAAUCAUGUAGAACAAGAAAUAAAUAAUAUCUAAGAAUACAGCUGCAUUAAUCAUUACAUCAUGAUGACUCAUUUCACAUGAAAAUGAAACAUCAAAUCAAAUUUUCUGUACCUUCUGCAUGCUGACUCAAUUUUGUACAAUGUGUUGUGGGAUAAAUUGUACAGGGGUUAAACAAUUAUUUCAACCCUGUACAGAAGACAGUAUGCCACCAAUUCAGUGGAAAUUUGGUAUCAAGUCAAAGGUGCUCUGAAAAUUUCAUAUGCUUUGACUUUUUUUUUACAUCUGGGGUGUUCUAUAAUGCUGUUAGUAAAGUACAUGUAUUGCUUUAACAAUAAGUGGAAAUUUUACAACCCAAUUUACAUUAUCAAUCAUUUUAAAUCACAUUACCUAAGGUUUAUAUGACGCAGAUGUUGGAUUUUUUUCUUUAAAUACAAAAACAAUAUAAGAGUCAAAGCAUUUUUUGUAGAAAUAGAAAUAAACUAAUGUAAAGACUUUGGCAUUUUCUAUUCUAGUUCAUUCAUAAAUUCACACAGCUUCAUGAACAGUUACGUUUAUGAAACACGCCCAGUAUCUAAAAGCAAAUGAGCAUUAAGAGCUAGGCAAAAAUGGAGUGAGAAGUAAUCUUGUUGGAUGAACACAGACACUCAAAAAACUCUUGAACUCAGUUAUGCUGACAUUCAACAGGAUUUUGAUCUGAAUGAAAUGAAAGUCAUUUUGGGUAAACCUAUCUAGUGAUUAGAUCAUUCCCAUCAUUUUAUAUACAAUGAACUCGGAUCUUUUGCCAAAAGAAAUUUCAUAAUUUUACAUAAUCUUAAUCUUUAAUUGAAAUGAAUAAUUGCACAUGAUUCUUGAAAAAAAGUUUUCAGGGACUAUCAUAUUCUUAAAUAAAUAUACAAGAGAUGGCAAAAAUUGUUUGAUGGUAAUGCAAUGCAAGAUCGCAGAAUCGAUGAAAAAAUUUUCAUCAAGGCAGCAAUCUAAAUUCUGUUGUUACAAGUACUUCUAUUGUUUGAAAUUCAUGAAGGGGGGUUUCUCAUAGUGAUAAAACAUUAGUAUCACCAUGAAAAAACAGAAUGUCCAAGCCAUCCAUUUUGUCAGAAGAAACCCUAGCUGAAACACAAACAAUGUGUACUAUCAAUUCUGUCAGUAAAUAUUAAUGAUCCUAAUGAAAUAGUACUGUUACAUAAAGAUUUACUUGAUAUGGAUUUCAAGAUGAAAAGAAUAAGAAAUGGAAUAGUUAAUAUUAAUCUAUCAUGCCUCAAAUUUGGGGACAUAUUUUUUAGCCAUUAUAAACAAAAUUGAAUCCUCAAUUCACCAGCUACUCACAGUCACCAAUUGCUUUUGUUAUACCUCCACAAUCAAGAAUUCUUGAAGGCAUUGAACUGAUUUAGAGACAAUAAACAGACCCAAACUAACAGGUGACCAACUUUUCAAGAAACCAAAAUCCCCCAUUUUUCCCUGAUGAAGUUUUAAACUUCCCUGAUAAUUAUACAAACCCAUUCCCAGGUUUCCAUGUUUUUUAAGUUGUUGCAGUGAAUUACAUGUAUUUUCAGUAUAAAAACAAUAAUAUAAAAGUAAUUAGUACACCAUAACCAGUCAGCCAAUGAAUGUUGUUUUGAUAAGCAACGAAAUAUAACAGAGUCUGACUGACUACCAUGCUUUUCAAAUCUCUCCCAAAAGGUAGGGGGGACAAGGGGUUGGAAAAUUUGACAAGCAAAAAAAAAAGUUAAUCACCCCAAGAGUAGCGUCAUCUCGUCCAAAGUACAUGUUUUAUUUCAAUUUUGAAUGGUGUAUUUCUUUUCAUCACAGAAAAACCAAAAUAGUAGGGGAAAAUUUGAUAUUGGGCCCCCCUACUAUUUUGAAUAGGGGGGGGCACGCCCUCUGUCCCCCUGGGAUUUCCACCCAUGAUGCUUUUGACUUUUUGGCUGAUCAGAAUUCCCCGAUUUCCCCCUCAUUUGAGGCAUUUUCCUUGAUUUUAGGUAUU